UUAUUCUAUGAACUUUGUUAGCGUGUCUUUUGAUGAGGGGGCAGAUCUUAGGGGCUUUUUACCCCGAUAAAGGUUCUUAUAGCUGAUCAUUUGCUUGUAAUAACGUGUGACGGACUAGACGUACACAGCAAUUGUUAUUUGACAGCAGUGCUCACACCGACUGGACAUCCAGUUAGCUGCUAGCCCGUGUCCAGCUGUUUUCAAAUUACUUUACGUGCAGAUAUUUCUUAGGGUGGAUUUCUUAUCCCUGGACCUCAACACUUAUCUCUGGACCUCAACACUUAUCUCUGGACCUCAACACUUAUCUCUGGACCUCAAGACUUAUUUCUUUAAGUCUUUGCUAUCAAUGUUAUAAUAAUCCUAAAAUGACUUAACGCGUGGAAAAUCUCAAAAAGUUCCGCUCAUUCUGUAAACAAGCUGAAAUUGGACAGUGUUGAACUGAACUCCAGUCAACUCCUACAGAGGAUCCGUUAGCAUCAGUUAUUGGUACUAUGAUGGACUGUUAAGUUAUUUCUGAAUCGACUCGAGUGCCAUAGGAAAGCGAACUGACUAAAAACAGCAGUAAAAUGACGAAAUCAGAAGGCAGGAAAUCGUUUAGUAUCGAUGCUCUGCUAGCAAAGACAACAUCUUCUCCACCAAGCGUGUCUUCGUCGUCACUUCCUCCCAACAAAAUCCCCACCUGUCGCAGCACUGAGGCUGAUGCUACGAACCACGUGUCCACGAAUCAGGAUGCCUUCCCUGCUCGCGUGGCUGACAGAAUCCAGGAAGCCAAGAGCAACCACGUGACUUCGACUUCAGCUCCUCACAUUGUGGCCAACUUCGCUGCCAAGAGAGAUGCCAAGUCUUUGAGGGAUGAAGCCAAAGCUGACUCCGGGACACCUCCUACACAGGCAGUAGACAAAAGCCCAAAGCACGAACUGGCCACUUCUGAAAAGAUGUGGAGACAGGGGGAAAGAGGUAGAGAGAUUGACAAGCUGCUUGUUUCUGGGCGUAAGAUGCUGGAAACAGACAUAGACUUCAUGGCCAGGCAUCAAUAUCUCUUUUCUCAGACACCUCUUUAUUCAGCGUCCUCUCUCUCGCCCUCUUCUCCUCUCUCAUCUCCAGGGUCAGCAGAAGUAAAUACCAGACAGCUUGACCAACCAUCCCCUCAUCAAACAGCUCACCGCGUCAGCAUUCACGCCCAAUCGCCAGCACUUUCUCGCUCGCAAUUUCAACAGGACAAAACCCAAGAAAAUACUCACCCAAAAAUCUCUGACCGGAGGUCGGUUUCGGACAAGUCGGUUCACCAGGGAAAUCUGAGCCCUUCAAGAGAAACCCACUCCCCGGGGCCACACUCCCCAAACUCUUACUGCUCAACCUCUCGCAGCCACACUCCCGACUCUCCAGCGGCGUCGCCGCGAGGGCCUGGUGUCAGAGGUGGAAGCCCUCAGCGAUGCUCACCUCCAAACAAUGCUUUCAUUCCAAGACCUGGGCUCCUCAACCUUCCACAUCAUGCAAUGGUGCAGGCGGCUGGACAGUUUGGCUUUCAAAAUGUUUUCCCCAAUUCCGGACUUUAUGGUUACUCAGCUGGUCAAGGGCAAGUCUCGCCCCAUCAUCUCCCCUCCAUGCUUUCAGGCAGUGCGUUUCAUCAUCCGGCUGACCAGGCGUUGAAGCUAGCUCAACUCCAUGGCAUCAACUAUGCUGAAUGGCUGGCUAGGACAGGAAUGUAUGUGUCCAGAAUGGUGGACUACACAGGAGGCUGUGAGUACCUAGGCGGAGCUCAGGCAGCUGCCAUGGGAAAGACACGGCGACCCAGGACGGCCUUCACAUCCCAGCAGCUCCUGGAGCUCGAGAGACAGUUCAAGAUGAACAAGUAUCUGUCCAGACCCAAACGUUUCGAGGUGGCCACGUCCUUGAUGUUAACUGAGACACAGGUAAAAAUCUGGUUCCAGAACAGAAGAAUGAAAUGGAAACGUAGCAAAAAGUCCAGCACCGACUGCAAGUCUCGUUCUGAAGACUCCAGCAAUGCAAACCUUGGCUCCAGUCACGGCAGUAAGCCAAGCCAAGUGGCGGAUGAAUCCAUGGAGACGUCUGAGGACAAGGAAGACAUCGGCAACGAGAACAUUGACGUCACGGAGCUGGAUUAUGACGAGGACGAUGGGCCGGAGGACAUGUAUCGUCCGUUGCCAGGCAACGAGCAGGAAGUACUGCAAAACUUACAAUUCAUGAAAAAUAGCGAAGGUCUGAAUAUGAUCGAAGCCAUGCACUGAUAUCAAGUAAGCAAAACAUUUUAAAUCAUGAACGAAGCCAUGCAUUGAUAUCAAGCAGCCAAAACAUUUCAAAUCAUGAUCGAAGCCGUGCACUGAUAUCAAGUAGGCAAAACAUUUCAAAUCAUGAUCGAAGCCGUGCACUGAUAUCAAGUAGGCAAAACAUUUCAAAUCAUGAACGAAGCCAUGCACUGAUAUCAAGUAAGCAAAACAUUUCAAAUCAUGAACGAAGCCAUGCACUGAUAUCAAGUAGGCAAAACAUUUCAAAUCAUGAUCGAAGCCGUGCACUGAUAUCAAGUAGGCAAAACAUUUCAAAUCAUGAACGAAGCCAUGCACUGAUAUCAAGUAAGCAAAACAUUUCAAAUCAUGAACGAAGCCAUGCACUGAUAUCAAGUAAGCAAAACAUUUCAAAUCAUGAUCGAAGCCAUGCACUGAUAUCAAGUAGGCAAAACAUUUCAAAUCAUGAUCGAAGCCAUGCACUGAUAUCAAGUAGGCAAAACAUUUCAAAUCAUGAUCGAAGCCAUGCACCUUUCACGUUAGCACUACAUUUUAAAAAUGCAAAGCUAUUUUGGUCUCAACGAUCUUUAUUUCUAGAAGACCAAGAUGUACCCAUCUUUUUCAUCCUGCACUCCGAGAAGACCUAAAAGAUUGUCUGCUCAGAGUUCGACUCAAUGAGGCCAAAUUUUUAUAAAGCGUAAUCAUUGAUCAUGAAAAGAUCAAGCUUUUUUUUUUUAAUGCCCAAUAACAUUAAGAAAGACGUGAACUCCCGCUGAAAUGUCUUCAUAGAGGCAAGGUAGACAACCGAUACUGCUGGUAGGCAGUUAAAUCCAGACUGCAAUGAUUUUGACAGUUAUUCUCACACUGGUACAGCAGUGAGGAAGCAUUUUGGAGAUUCUAUAGGAUUUGAUGGUGACUCAAUAGAAAACAACAGAACCAACUUUGAAGUCACGACACACUAAAGCAACGAUGCUUCUACGCGAGAUUAUAAAGUGUAGGCCUAUCACAGCUUUAUAUUCAUGAAAAGAUGAAAAAAAAACGACUUUCAGAAUAUAAGAACUUGAAAACACUGACAGUUUUUAGCGAAUGUACAAUCCUUCUCUUUCAAAUGCUUGUUGGUACAUAAUUUCUAUGGAAUUUUAUGGUUCAGUUUAUAAAUUUUUAUUCUGAAGUAGCCAUUUCCAAUCAUGCAGUGAUUUCCUAUCAAGAACUGUGUGACAAGAAGCUUGGGUCAGGCUAAAGCUGGACAAAACCACCACGACUCUGUCAUUGUUUGACUUUAAUACAAGACAUUGCAGAUCGACAACUCUAUCCCCUUCCAUACCUUCUGGUGGAAAAGAAAACAGAUUAAGAGGAAGACAAAGUCAAUAAAAAUACGAUAAAAAAAGACAAUAAAUUAUAAUGCUGACACAUCACCACAAAUUUCCUCAGUGGACACCUUUGUGGAGACUACAAUGAAUUGUGUUUCCUUCUAUCGAAUCUCAACCAAUCAAAUGGAAAUUUUGUCCGACUAAAAUUGUCCACCUCAGCGUAACUACUGUAACAAUAACAUUAUAGAUGCAAAUACGAACAGCAUUCACACAUUAAACACAUGCCUAACUCUAUUGACUGCAAUAUUACGAUAACAAUAAAUAGACUUAUGUAACAUACCUAUAGCAAGAGUAUAUCAGUUCUUUUUCCCAAGAAUACAAUCAUGUUUCAGUAGAAUAGUGGCAGAAAAAAAUAUUUGCUUUGAAGAAAUAAAAAAAUUAGUAGUUUUGACCUCCUGGUAAUGCUCACACAUAAUUUUGUUUUAGCACUUUGCUUGAAUCAGGUCCUAUAUGUUAAUUGUGCCCUUAUUUCCUUGUAAAUGUGAGGCUUGGGUUGCUCUCUACAAUGUAGAAAUUAUAGAAUUUCUUAAUUUAGAGUUAAAUUGAUUGUGUUUUAAAGCGUUAAGCUAGGUAUCAGUACAGGGACAGUAUCAAGCGAUCCCCCAAAGAAACUUUGGGGCUAUUUUAUAUUUGUAUAAUAUUGUAAUUAUUGUAUUGUAGGCUGUAAAGUUGUAUUUUACAAAGUUUUGUAACUCAUGCCAUAAAUUAUUAUAAAAUAAAAUUGUUGAAAAAAAAAAAGAAUGUUGAAUGUAUACAAUGAAAGUUGAUCUGUGUGCACUUUAAAUCUAACCUCGUGAAUGGAGUCAUGUUGUUGAACAUGUUGGUGUGUUGUUGAACAUGUUGGCGUGUUGUUGAACAUGUUGGUGUGUUGUUGAACAUGUUGGCGUGUUGUUGAACACGUUGGUGUGUUGUUGAACAUGUUGGCGUGUUGUUGAACACGUUGGCGUGUUGUUGAACACGUUGGCGUGUUGUUGAACACGUUGGCGUGUUCAGUUGAACACGUUGGCGUGUUGUUGAACACGUUGGCGUGUUGUUGAACACGUUGGCGUGUUGUUGAACACGUUGGCGUGUUGUUGAACACGUUGGUGUGUUGUUGAACAUGUUGGCGUGUUGUUGAACAUGUUGGCGUGUUGUUGAACAUGUUGGCGUGUUUCUACAGGUCUAUGAUGUUCAGUUGUAUUACCUUAUUUUAUACGUAAUAAAUCAAUCGAACUUUCUCUUCGAACUCCAAACAUUGAAGUAGUGUUGAUGUAUUCUAUGGUAAAUAACAUGGCAGCCAGGUCGUGUAGUAUGCACUUCAGACUGUCGCCUGGAUUGUCCAAAGUUCUAACACUGGGCUUGCGCUAAGAUGUAAUCAUCUUCAUUUGAGAAGAAAAUCUUUAGAGAUAGGAGAACUUACUUCAAACUUAAUACCAAAGGUUUGGAACUCACUCCCCAUUGAUCUCAGACAGACAACAUGCUAUACCACUUUUAAGAAGAACAUUAAGACCUACUUGUUUAAAACUUUUUUAGAUUAACUGUUAUUUCGGCAGUUGUGUUUAUGUUUGUAAUGUUGUUACAGCGCCUUGAGCCUACAUUUUGUUUGUUAACAGCGCUUUAUAAAUAAAAUUAUUAUUAUUAUUAUUAU